GUAAGUGUUGUAGUGGACUCCCAACAGCAAGAAGCAACAAGAAGCAUUUUGAACCCAGGCCACGGGCAAAUAGGAAAAUGAGAAAAUUGAAGCUGCCCAAACCCCGCCUAACAGUACCCGCCACCGACACCUCCGCACCUCCUCUCGCACCACCGCCACUCCCAAUCCCGGACUCCUCCUCCACGUUAAUCCCGACGACCCAAACCCAGCUCAACCACCUGACCCACAUCGUCAAAUCACAUCUUAAACCCUCCUUCACACCCCAGGACCUGGUAUCUUUCCUCAAGUCACACAUCCACCACCACCCUGGCGUCACCCACCUGGACUUCCACCUCUUUCGCUACGCUGCCUCUCUCGACACUUUCCGCCACGACCACUCCACCUUCGAAUGGAUUGUACGCUCACUCGCCACCUCCCAUCGCUUUGACUCCCUCAAUCUUCUCGUCCAAUUCAUCGCUUCCAACCCCUGCCCCUGCUCCGAUGGUAUAUUCUCUUGUCCCAAAACUGAGCCCAUCUUUCGUUUCGCCAUCAAUGCUUAUUGUAGAGCUGGCAGAUUUGAUGACGCUUUGUUUGCUUUUGAUUCCAUGAAAAGAUUGAUUGAUGGGAAGCCUAAUGUUGCUAUAUACAACAUCAUAAUUCAUGGGUUUGUUAAAUUUAGGCAGCAUGAUAAGGCUUCAGAAUUUUAUGGACGGAUGAUUAGGGACCGUGUUAAGCCUGAUGUAAUUACGUUUAAUACUUUGAUUAGCGGGUAUUGCAGGAAUUUACAGUUUGGAUUGGCUUUGGAAAUGUUCAAGGAGAUGAAGAAUAAAGGGUGUGUCCCAAAUGUGGUUAGUUUCAAUACUUUGAUUAAGGGGUUCUUUAGGGAGGGAAAAGUCGAGGAGGGAAUAGCCUUGGCUCAUGAGAUGAUAGAGUUAGGCUGCGAGCUUUCUAGCGUCACCUGCGAGAUAUUGGUUGAUGAACUUUGUAGAGGUGGGCGAGUUAUGGAAGCUUGUGAUUUAUUGAUUAGUUUUUCAAGAAAAGGGGUUUUCCCAAGUGAUUUUGAUUAUUUUGAGCUAACUGAGAGGCUUUGCGUGGAAAGAAAUGUUGGGAGAGCCGUGGAGCUGGUGGAUGAGUUGUGGGGAAAGGGAAAUGCUCCUAGCGUGAUUGCUUGCAUAAUCUUGAUUGAAGGUUUACGGUGUACCCGACAAAUUGGCGAGGCUUGUAAAUUUGUGGAAAAGAUGCUAAAAGAAGGUAUUGUACCGGAUAGUGUGACUUUUAAUUGUCUACUUGGUGAUAUGUGUGCAGCUGGAAGAGCAGUGGAAGCUAAUAAGUUGAGGUUGUUGGCUGCUGGUAAGGGUCUGGAUCCUGAUGGUAUGACUUACAGGAUCCUUAUAUCUGGUUUUAGUAAAGAGGCUAAGAUGGAGGAGGGGGAAGCAUUGGUGGAGGAGAUGCUUGAUAGCGGAUUGAUACCUGAUAUUGCCACCUAUAACAAAUUGAAGCUUGGACUCUCUAAAAGAAAGAGUCAGUAACUGCCAGCUCACUAAUUUUUCAGAAAUCUGGUCUCUAGAGCAUGCAUGUCAACCAAAAGAAGUUUUUCUUAGAUACUGGAUGUGUCUAAUCUUCCAUGUUGGUGAAAAAAAAGCAACCGGACCAGGUGCAUUAUGGACGGCAAGAGUAGGAGGUGUACCUCUUUUUUGGGGAAGAUUACACUAACUUUAUUUGUAAUACAAAGAGAUAGAGAGGAUAAUCCAGAAGUCCCCUUUCACUUUAUUCUGGCCACCAAUCAGCAAUUCAUAGUCAAUGCAAAAUAUGGAAGAAUCAAGAGACGAGCAUACAUGCUGUUAAGAUUUUGUUUUUCAUGAUCUUAAGAUUCUGUUUUUCAUGAUCUUGAGAGGUGUGAAAUCAGUUCAUUGAUCAUGUGCAUGAAGAAGUCAAUUUCUGAAUUUACAAAAGAAAUCUAGACUGGAUAUUAUCAUAGUCUGCUACUUUGAUUACAAGUUAUUACAACGGAUAUUUGGAGAUUUUGAAUAGAUGGCACAGGGAAGAUUCUCUCAAGGAGGUUGGCUUUGAACUGAACUGGCUUUGAAAUAAGUAUCAUCAUUGCUUUUAACCUUAUGGGUUACAUUCAAAACAGUUGUUGGGGGUUAAUAGCCUGGUAUGUGAUCAGUUGCAAGAAAUGAAUGGCACAAAAAUAUAAAUGCGCUUCAGGUUGCAUCAUUAGCCAUCUUACGGUCUCUGUGGAUCAGAUGUGAGUCCUGCUUGUGGAGUAUGAGUAUCUUCCCCGGCUUUGACAUGAUUGAGUGCAGAGAAUGGUUGUUCAGCCGGGCACACCCAGUUCCAUAGUUUACACGGUGUGGCUUGGCGAUUGCAUAGUUUGUCUAAAACCAAGAGAGUCUCAAAGCUGAAAUGCUUUGUACCGAUGAAGGGAACAUAUGUACUAGUUGAGUACCAUAGCUGAAAUUCUUGUACUGAUGAAGGGAACAUAUGUAUCAGGUGUAGUUCUUCCUCUAAAAGGAUGUAGAAAAAUUAUUUCCGUUGUAUUAUAAGCAUAAUUUUGUAAUUAAUUUUUUAUUUUAUAA